AUGGUAUUGGAGGACACCCACAAGUUAGAAUACUACAUAGAGUCCGUUCUCAAUGUUUCACAGUGUUACAACAUAUCAGAUUACAACUGCCCUCAGUUAGAUAAGUAUAAAAAAUUCCUUAAAAAUGAGUUCUAUAUUGAUGUUGGCCUCCAAUUUGUCAUAGUACCAAUUCCAGACACAAUAACCAUACCCAAAACCUGGUUUCGCUUUGUAUCAAAGUCACAUCUCAUGGAGCUUGGAGAAACACCACCAUAUUAUCCAGGUAGUGAUGACACUGACAUAUCCGAUUACAUACAUGUUCCUUACACGGUUCCAUUUACUACUAAACAUAUUACAUUGGUGUUUUAUCAAAGAUCAGGGACUGCACCAAAGCAAAUAGGGAAUCAUUUGUGUUACUCAUACUAA